AUGAGAAAGCAGCAAGAUCACUGCGAGGCAGAGACAGAGAUCCUGCAGCACGUCCUCCGAGCAAUGGGCGAGGACUGUCGUGCAGAACACUUGCAAGUAAUCCGCUUCAGCAAAGCAGAGAAUGGCAGGGGGGGGGGGAGCAGCCUCCGGGCGGGUCGCGCUGUUGGUUGUGCUGCUGCUGAGCUUGUGCUCCGGAUCCGCUACGCCAGCCCCGGGGAGCUGGGCAGAGGCUCGCUGGUGGGGCCGCUGGCGCGGGACCUGGGGCUGAGCCCGGCGGAGCUGCCGGCACGCAAGAUGCGGAUAGUCUCUAGCGACGAAAAGCAGUACUUCACUCUCGGGGAAGAUAAUGCAAAUCUGCGGGUAAACGAGAGGAUAGACAGAGAGAGCAUCUGCGGGGCCGUGUCGCCAUGUGUCCUCAGUUUGGAGGCAUUCGUGGAAAACCCUUUCAAUAUAUUUCAUGUGAGCGUUACUGUCCAGGAUAUCAACGACAAUGCACCGCAGUUUGACAGAGAAUUUGUUGCCAUAGAAAUGAUCGAGUCGACACCCCCUGGGGCCAGAUUCCCACUGGGCAGUGGAAGAGACCCCGACAUUGGAGCGAACUCAUUACAAAAUUACCAACUUACCCCAGACCCGCACUUCUCCCUUGUAGUGACGGAGAGUCCUGAUGGGACGAAACAAGCUGAACUGGUACUGGAGAAAAGCUUAGAUAGAGAAAAACAGAGAAAUCACCAUUUAAUACUGACGGCAGUGGAUGGUGGGAAUCCAGUACGCUCAGGGACCACUCAGCUUAAGAUUAACGUGACCGACGCGAAUGACAACCCCCCGGUAUUUACCAAAGAAAUCUAUAUGUUUCAGCUUCUAGAAAACCUGCCAGAGGGCUCCUUAGCCUUUCAGGUGAAAGCUACUGACAGUGACGAAGGUACAAAUGCAGAAAUAACCUACUCUUUCAGUGGCAUCGCUAAGAAUGCUCUCCAGGUCUUCAGUUUGGACUCCAGGACAGGGGACGUGAAGGUUACAGGUCCCUUAGAUUAUGAGGAGGGGAAAUAUUAUGAAGCAACCGUUGAAGGCAAGGAUGGGGGUGGUUUGACUGCGCACGCCAAAGUGCACAUAGACAUUCUAGACGUCAACGACAAUGCGCCAACUAUUACUAUCCUUCCAAUCUUGAACCCGGUACCCGAAGAUUCAGAACCGAGAACAGUUAUAGCAGUGAUCAAUGUCCGCGACAGAGACUCGGGCGACAACGGAAAAGUGAGCUGCAACAUCGACGGGGGUUUGCCUUUCAGACUAGAAUCGUCAUCAGCCAACACCUAUAAACUAAUAAUAGCCAGUGGCCUGGACAGAGAACAGGUCUCUGCUUACAACAUCACCAUCACUGCCAGGGACCGGGGCAGCCCGUCGCUGUGGAGCCGCGCGGCGCUGGUGCUGGAGGUGUCGGACGUGAACGACAACGCGCCGGUGUUCGAGGAGGCGUCGUACAGCGCCUACGUGGCGGAGAACAACGCGGCGGGCGCGCUGGUGGUGCGCGUGCGCGCGCGGGACGCGGACGCGGGCGCCAACGGGCGCCGGUGGGAUGUGUGUGGCCGAGGUGGCGGGGAGCGGUGGGGCGGGCAGCGCUCGGCAGCGCCGGGUGCCUGCAGUGCCGGGAGGAGGCUGCGGGCGCCGCUGCUGACCGAGGAGGAGCGAGAGGAAGGUGGCUGGGGCGGGGGGGAGCGAGCCCUGCUGUGGGGCGUGCUGGUGGCGGCGUGGGAGGCGGCGUGGGGGCAGCUGCGCUACUCGGUUGCCGAGGAGCUGCCCAAGGGCUCGUUCGUGGGCGACGUGGCCAAGGACCUGGCGCUGGACCUGCCGGCGCUCCGCGACCGCGGCGUGCGCAUCCUAGACAGAGGUAGGACGCAGUAUUUCGCUCUGCACGGGAAGUCGGGACAUUUGGUGACGGCGGAGAGGAUAGACCGGGAGCAGCUGUGCGAGAGUGCGCAGCAAUGCGUGCUGCGGUGUGAGCUGAUAGCGGAGGGGGACAUGAAGGUUUAUGAAAUCGAAGUGGAAAUUACGGACAUUAACGACAACGCGCCCAGCUUCCGAGAGGCAGAAACGGAACUGAGAAUAAGCGAGAUCACACCGCUGGGAUCCCGGUUUCCCCUCCGAGAUGCUCAAGACCCGGACGUGGGAA